AUGCCGCCCUCUGACCCUCGCAUCGCUGCGCUUGACUUCGACACCAAUCGAAAACGUGGACGCCGGUCGUCAGGGUCGCGCCCUCGACUCGACGAUGAGGACUUUGACUUCAUGGGCCAGGUCGCCCAGGAGAUCCUCGAGCGAGAUCGCAUAGCCAUGCGCAGGGAGGUGAUUCGAAUCUUGAGCUUCGUUUGCGCGGUGCUCAGUUGUUUAUGUGCAGGAUCAAUCACCUCCUUCUCCCUCUACGGCGCUCGUUUCCUUCAAGAUCUUCACUACACGCAACUUCGAGUCAAUGCAGUCUCCAUCACCGCCGAGUUGGCCAUGUACCUUCCAGUGCCUCUCUUUGGAUAUCUGUGCGACCGCUACUCACCACCGCCUUUGUCGCUUCUCGCCUCUCUCUUGUUUGGCAUGGGAUAUCUCCUGGCUGCCUAUACCUACAAGUCAGGCCCUCCCUCGGACGCUACAAAACCAGGCCACGGCUGGCCGUUCGGGGUGAUGAUUAUUGCUUUUAUUGGCAUUGGGGCAGGGACUAGCUGCAUGUACCUCUCCGCCGUGGCCACAUGCGCAAAGAAUUUUGCCAAUGCAAAAUAUCGGGGCUUCAUGCUUGCUGUACCUAUCGCGGCAUUUGGACUCAGUGGCAUGUGGGAAUCCCAGAUUGGCGCACACUUGCUCUAUGAAAAACUACCCAAUGGUCACAAGGGCGAGGUCGAUGUUUUCAAGUAUUUCAUCUUCCUAGCCGGGACAUUGAUUGGUGUCGGUCUUCUUGGGACGCUAGGCUUGCAAAUCGUGGACGAGGAAGAACUGAUUGACCACGGAGUGGAGAACCUUGAGCGGAGCGGCCUUUUGGACGAGAGUGAAUUCUACCGCGACACUUCUCGUGCUCCUACCCCCAUCAACUACGGCACCAUUGGGGAUGAUGGGGAGUCUGGCGAGGGCUCUGGCUCCUAUUCCGACGACGACAUGGACUCCGAAGCUGAACGAAACCUCUCCGAAUCCCAAGUUCUCAAGAAGCGUGAUCAAGACCGCCGCCUUCGGAAGAAGAAAUACUGGCUCCUCAAUCAUGCCACCCAUACAUUCCUUACCGACCGCACGAUGUGGCUUCUUGCGGCUGGGUUUUUCCUGCUCACAGGACCUGGAGAAGCAUAUAUCAACAAUCUCGGCACAAUCAUCCCAUCUCUGACGCCAGAAAAUUACAACUAUAUCGGUGGCGACGGGGUCAAAAGUCCUCCUGCAGGCCACGCAAGCACACACGUCUCCAUCAUCGCCCUCGCGUCAACUUUUGCGCGCCUCUUCACGGGAACACUUUCCGAUCUCUUCGCCCCUCCCUCAAACCCUGACUCGCCACCCAGCAACCGGGUCCAGUUUUCUCGCCUUGUCCUGCUCAUUCCUUCGGCAUUUCUUCUUCUCCUCGCGUUCCUAAACCUCGCCCUUCCUGCGCUCACGGCCCAGCACCCUAGCUUGUUCCCACUUUCGUCGUCGUUGGUGGGAUUAGGCUACGGGGCGUGUUUCAGCCUCGUGCCCAUCAUUAUCUCUGUGGUAUGGGGAGUGGAAAACUUUGCGACGAACUGGGGUGUGGUGGCUAUGAUGCCUGCUGGAGGAGCAGCGGUGUGGAGUCUCGUUUAUUCCGCUGGCUAUUCAGCAGGGAGUUCGCAUUCUCCUGAUGUCGAGAAUGGGGAAUGCCGAGGUUACUUGUGCUUCGCGGCAUGGGCCUGGGGAUGUGCGGCCAGUGUGAGCUUGGCCAUCUUCUGCUGGUGUGUUGCCUGGAGGGUAUGGAAAAGUAGAAACGUGGUCGUGUAG